AUGGCACCAGGGGCCGUCACAGAGGACCGGACCAACAAGUCAGCAGCUGUAUUUUCCAAGGACGACACACCACCAACAUUAUACCAAAAUGUCGAUGAAAAAGAGUUGAAGGCGAAGUCGAAGAAACACCUUCUCGAUUACGGCAGCAAAUUUGAAGAUGAUAUCAUCACCGGCAGUCAUGGACUGUACAUCUACACUGCGUCAGGCCAUAAGGUGUUAGACUGGACAUCCGGACAAAUGUCAUGCCUCCUUGGCCAUGGGCAUCCAGAAAUUGUGAAAGUUAUUACAGAUCAUGCAAUGCAACUUGAUCACCUUUUCUCUGGAAUGGUCUCGCCUCCAGUAAUUUCUCUUGCAGAUCGCCUUUGCAAUGCUCUGCCAGCCGGUCUUGAUAAAGCCUUCUUUCUGUCGACUGGUGGCGAGAGCAAUGAAGCCGCCAUUAAGAUGGCCAAGACUUACACUGGCAAGUUUGAGAUAGUUGGCAUUGGAGCCUCCUGGCAUGGAGUCACAGCCCAGGCGCUUGGCGCACAGUAUCAUUUUGGUAGAAGAGGCCAUGGACCUCUGAUGCCGGGGAUGCACAUGCUCCCAUCGCCCAAUGCGUACAGGUCUGUCUUUCGCAAGCCCGAUGGCUCCUACGACUGGGAGGCUGAGAUGGAGUACGGAUGGAAGAUGAUUGACUUGCAAUCGUGUGGUUCUCUGGCGGCUUGCAUCGUCGAAUGCAUCCAAAGUUCGGGGGGCAUGCAUGUUCUCCCAUCGGGAUACCUCAAAGCUCUAAAAAGGCAGUGCGAGGCACGAGGAAUGCUUUUGAUUGUGGAUGAAGCACAGACAGGCGUCGGCCGAUGCGGAGACUUCAUGGCCAUAAACCAUGAGGAUGUGGUGCCAGAUAUCUUGACCCUGUCCAAAACUUUGGGGAAUGGUUUACCGCUGAGUGCCGUGGUGGCAAGCGAGGAGGUUGCCAAUACAGCGGCAGAGAAAGGGUUCUUCUUUUACACCACUCAUGUCAAUGAUCCGCUCCCAGCGGCUGUUGGUGAUAAGGUCUUGGAGAUUCUGUUCCGAGACAAUCUGGUUGAGCACUCAAGAAAAUGCGGCAAGAUUCUUCACAGCGGUUUGCAGGGACUGUACAACCGAUACGGCUGCAUUGGCCAAGUGCGCGGUAGAGGUCUGAUGGCUGGUAUUGAGAUUGUGACUGAUCGAGAUAGCAAAACGCCAGGGUUGGAAUUGGCCAGGAGAGUUGGAAACCGGGCAUAUGAGCUGGGGCUCUGGGCGAACUUGAGCAGCCACCCCAGCUUCGGGGGCACGUUUCGGAUUGCGCCGCCCAUUACAGUGACGGAGGCUCAGGUCGAAGCUGGUGUUGCAAUUCUUGAGAGGGCCUUUGCGGAGACUGAUGGCACUCUCCCGCUGUACUGA